AUGAAAAAUCACAUCGUGAAAAGGGUUUUCAGGCCAAAGACUCUUUCUUCAUCUUCGUUAUUGGUUACCAACAAUAGAUCAUCAUCAAUUAAGCAUAAUAGUAUUAAUUGUUUGAAAACAACAACAUCUUUAACUGGCACUUGUUUUAAUUCCUAUCAUUAUGAUACAAACCUUGGUCAAGCAAAUGAAUAUCAUAUUUCCGAUUUAAAUGAUGAAACUGUAGCAAAGUGGACUCAAACUCAUUUACAAACUCUUAUUAUUCAACUCUAUAGCUGGAAGAAUGCUACAGAUGAUAAGAAAGCGCUCACAGAGACACUCACCAAAACAAUAGACGGUAUUGUUUAUGUUUCUAAACAAUAUAUGGCCGAUAGACCUGAUGCCGAAGAUAUAUAUCCACAACUUAUUGCACUCCAAGUAGCAUCACAAUACUUGAAGGAACAUGAAUUGUCAAAGAAGGAUGAUAGUAAAUUGGCAGAUUUAUCAAAAUUGAGCUUUUCCACAAGCAAGUUGCAAUCAUUGAUAAAGAGAAAGACAGACCUUUCUCAUCUUCCUGAAAAUGUUGAAACUGUUAAAAAAGCUAAAGAGGAAAUUAUCAAAUAUUUGAACGAGAUGAACGGAAUUUACAAUAUUCUUCAAUGUACAUCAUUGAGCAAGAUUAUUCUUCAAAAAUUACUCUUCUUCCAAUAUGAUGCAUCAUCAUUCGCAACCAGAAUUGUUGUAGAAUCCUUCUUGGAGCAAAAAAGAAAUGAAAAUCUUGUGAUGAGCAUUUUUGGUACAUAUUUCCAACUCUCAGCUGUUUAUGAACGUGAAGGACAAUUGAGAAAUGCUGUAAAUACUCUCAUUGCUGUAUACCAAAAAUUGGAAGAGGUUCUAAAUAUUCUUAAAAACAUUUCCUCAACUCAAGACGUUAUCAAACAUAUAGCAUCUACUGAACAGUACAUUAGAGAUUUGGAUAAGAGACUUUCAAUUCUAUUCGAAAGAGUGCAAGAUUUUAAGAGUUCAGCUGAUCACCUUAAAAAGCUUCUUCCAAAAGAGAAUCCUGCAUCUAUUAACUUUGCAUCUGAUAGCCUAAACUUGUUCGAACUCAAGACAUCAUUGCUCAAACUUGGAUAUUUGUACACAAUGGCAAAUGAAUGGAAAUCAGCUGAUUCUUGUUACGAAGAUUUGACUUUUCUUACUGCUAGACAAUUGAACAGCUUACCUGCUGCUGAAAAGUCUUUGCAUCCUAAAUUCACCAGUCAACAAAUUGUAUUAGAUUCUGUAGUACUUUCCUAUGAAUGGUCAAUCUUUUUAAGAAAGAUGCUCCUUGUUAAACAACGAGAGAAACAACCUGAACAAGAAGAAGAAAGUGAAGAAGCUCAAAAUAAUGCACUAGAUAUUCCAUCAAGAUUAAAGACAAUCAAGAGAUUGCUUGACAUUGGUACAGGUAUUGGUCAAAGCAUUGGAAUGUUCUCUGAUGAAAUUCCAAGUGUUGGUGAUCAACCAUCAUCUGCCAUGCUUCAACUUCUCAAGGAUAAGGUCGAAAUUCAAGCAUGUUCUGAACUUUGCAAACUUCAACUUUCUUUCAUUAAGGGAUUUUUGAGCGAAGAAAGUGAAAACUCUGGUUGGGACGAAUUUGCUCAAGUUUGGGAUAAUUUAUUAAUGUCAAUUACUCAUGUAUUGACAUUUGAAACUAAUAUCAAGGAAAAUCACCCUCAAAUUUGGAAUCAAUUAUCUGUACAUUUCUUCAACUUCAAGGAAGUUAUUAUUAAUGAAGCUCUCCACUUGUUGAGAUUUGCUGUUACUCAAAUGAGGGAACACUCAAAUCAUGCACUCAAUAGAGAGGAACAAUUCGAAUCAUACCUUGAAAAUAUUGUAAUUAUUCUUUCAAGAAAUGAAGACUGUUUUGAAAACAAAUUCAAGAUUUGGGCUCAACUCAGAUCCAUUCAUGGUAGCUACAUUAUUCAUAGAAUGAAUAAGGAUACUGCCACGGAAGAAAUUACCAAAUCAUUAAUAGAGAAGGAAAAGAUUUUCGAUUAUUGUGAAAAAGUUGCCAGACGAGACUAUAACUUUGAUUUACCUUUCUUGCUUCACGAUAUUUUGGUUGAAGUUUUCGAGAAUCUUUCUGAAGAUAAGAGAAAGAGUUUAUACAAGCGUGCCUAUCGUAUUUUGGCUCCAACAAAGGAAAUUGCUCAUGCUAAGGCUCUCCAAUUUGAAAGUUGGGUUUUGGAAGGAAAACAAACCUCUGCAGUAUAUGAAGGAAAUCAAUUAGAGGCUGAAAUUGAUAGAUCAAUUGAAAAUACUGAAAAGCAAACUGUUCUUUUCUUAAGGGAUUUAAUGAAGGAAGAACAAGAUGGUGGGGAAUACUUGUUUGCUGGUAUUGUGAAUACUUCUGCUAAAGCACUAGCUCCUUAA